ACAUAAUUUAAGCACAAUCUUGACACUAACAAUUAUUAACGGUGCUACGAUCAGUGCUACCAUUAAAGUAACGACCUUAAUUUCCUCCUUUUGAAUCGACAACCCCUUCCAUAACCAUGGCGAUGCCAAUGCCAACGCCCGCUGACCGGGAGUGGACCACCGGAGUGUUCAGCUGCUGCAGCUACCCCGGCGGCAUCGGAAAUUGCUUGUACACUUUCCUUUGCACGCCAUGCUCCUUCGGCCAAGUGGUUGCUCGGAUGCCGCCCCAGGUCUGCUGCGGCGGGUCCUGCUACGGCGCCUGCUUCGCUUACUCCCUCCUGGCUGAGUGCGGCCUGUGCUGCGCCAUGCACAUCCCGGCGCGCAUGUGGCUUCGCGAGAAGUACGGCAUCCCCGGCGACUGCUGCACCGACUGCCUGUACACCACGUUCUGCCCUUGCUGCGCGAUUUGCCAGGAGCACCGUGAGCUCCUCAUCCGCGGCGUCGUGUACGCCGGCAUGGAGAACAAGCCCGCCGGGGCUGCGGCAGGCAUGCCAGUGCAGAUGGUGAUCAACGUGAACAACACCAACACCAACAGCAACAACAAUAAUCUCGCUGCUCCCGGUGCUGCACAGUAGGUGUUCCCUCCGUGAACCCAGCUGUUCGCAUGGGCGCUAACAGCAGCUGUACUGUGCAUGGGAAAACACAUGCCUAAACUCUCCUGGUAUGUGGCCUAAAGCUGAUUAGCAGGUCGGUGCCGUCUUGAUGUUGGUGGUAAACGAGCAUGAGGUGUGGCUCGUGGUGCGUACGUGUGAUCUACAUAUGUGCGUGCUACGCAACUGUGUUUUUAAGAGUUGUAUGUAUUGGCGUUCACGUUGGCGUACACACCUGACUGAUAUUCGUGAUUGACCUGGUUGGCGUACGUUGCGAAGUUAAUUGGAUUUUAAACGUCCAUGCAAAUGUUUGUUCGGCGUUUAUCUGGGGCAUGUGCGCGAAAAUUGGACUGUGAAGUGUGCCUGUGCCUGUGCAGUGAAGAGCAGUCCUGUAGACUUGAAGAUACGCUCGGAAGAUAGUCGCUCGCAUUGCGGCUCGGGGUUGGUUGGUUCAAGCAGAACUGUAUAGUGGUAACUACCCUGUUACUGCUGACACUUUAUUGCCCCUGUUGUUCACUCUGUACACAACACAAGGGCCGUCAUUGGCCGACCUGGCUUACAUUUACCGAACCCCUAUAUAUAUUUGUGCAUGCCGACCUCACGCGAUUGUCCGUUACAGUCGUAACGCUCAUGUCAGGAGAUGCCAGGCUCCUUUAUGCAUGUUGAGCCUAUUUGGCACGUGAAGAGGUGGUUGUUCAUCUUGACACGCUGUGCACCUUGUAAUAAGUAAUAUCUGCCAAG